AUGCUGCCUGCUCGCCUGGCUUGCAGGCGGCUGUGGCCCUUCUUACGGGGAUCUGCUCCCACGGUAGCGCGCCAUGGCACUCAGGAGCAGCUUCUCGAGAGAUGUGUGGCUGCCUCUUCCUCCCAGCACCCAUCAAACCUGGGACGUAGGCUUUCUCGUGGCUCAACGGCAACUAGGGAUUACGAAGGAAGAACUGACAUGGAAGAGCAUUUUUUGUUCCCCGAGUACGUCUCGGAGCCCGAGCCCGCACCGACCCUCGAAGAGCAGCUGCGAGAGCUGCAACAGCGGCAAGAGGAGGAGGAGCGACAGAAACAGCAGCGGCGGGAAGAGCGGCGGCGGCAAAAGCUGCGGGACAGGAGUCGACAACACCCGGUCGUGGGACACCCGGACCCGACGGUGCCACCCAGCGGCCUGAACUGCUCGGGCUGCGGAGCGGAGCUGCACUGCCAGGAUCCCGGCGUGCCCGGCUACCUCCCCAGCGAGAAGUUCCUCAGCGCAGCGGCGCAGACCGAGGGCGGGCUGGCGCGGACCGUGUGCCAGCGUUGCUGGCUCCUGGUGCACCACCGGCGCGCUCUGCGCGUACAGAUGAACCGCGAGCAGUAUUUAGAGCUGGUGAGCGCAGCGCUGCGACGGCCGGGGCCCGCCCUGGUGCUUUACAUGGUGGACCUUCUGGAUCUGCCUGACCCCCUUCUACCGGAGCUGCCCGCGCUGGUGGGCCCCAAGCAACUGAUCGUGCUGGGGAACAAGGUGGACCUGCUGCCCCAGGACGCGCCCGGCUACCUGCAGCGGCUCCGGGAGCGACUGUGGGACGACUGUACCCGCGCAGGGCUCCUUCAGCUGUCUAGCCACCGAGGGCUACAGCACGCUGGGGAGGACGGGCCGCGAGACGAGAAGGAGAAUUCGAAGCCUUCUGCCAGAGUCCGUACGGUGCUCAAGGACGUGAGGCUAAUUAGCGCCAAGACUGGCUACGGAAUCGAAGAAUUGAUCUCAGUGCUUCAGCGUUCCUGGCGUUACCGCGGUGACGUCUACCUGGUUGGCGCCACCAACGCUGGGAAGUCCACUCUCUUCAACACGCUCCUAGAAUCUGAUUACUGCAUCGCCAAGGGCGCUGAAGCUAUCGACAGAGCCACCAUCUCCUCUUGGCCUGGUACUACAUUAAACCUUCUGAAGUUUCCUAUUUGCAACCCAACACCUUACAGGAUGUUUGAAAGGCAAAAAAGGCUUAAAAAAGAUGCAACUAAAGCUGAAGAAGAUCUUAGUCAGCAAGAGCAACAUCAACUUAAUCUUUUGAAAAAGCACGGUUAUGUAGUAGGAAGAGUUGGAAGAACAUUCCUAUAUUCAGAAGAACAGAAGGAUGAAGCUGCCUUUCAGUUUGAUGCUGAUUCCCUUGCCUUUGACAUGGGAAAUGAACCUGUUAUGGUUGCAGAUAAAUCCACCAAACGAAUAGAAUUGACCCCACAAGAUGUGAAAGAUGCCCACUGGUUUCAUGACACCCCUGGAAUUACAAAAGAAAAUUGUGUUUUAAACCUUCUAACAGAAAAAGAAGUAAAUAUUGUUUUACCAACACAUUCCAUUGUUCCAAGAACUUUUGUGCUUAAACCAGGAAUGGUUCUAUUUUUGGGUGCCAUAGGCCGCAUUGAUUUUCUGCAGGGAAAUCAGUCAGCUUGGUUUACAGUUGUGGCUUCCAGCCUCCUUCCUGUGCACAUUACUUCCUUGGACAAGGCAGAUACUGUGUAUAAGAAACAUGCCGGUCAUACAUUACUCAAGGUUCCAAUGGGUGGAGAAGAAAGAAUGGCAGGAUUUCCUCCUCUUGUUGGUGAAGACAUUACAUUAAAUGAAGGACUUGGGGAAUCUGAAGCAGUGGCUGACAUCAAGUUUUCUUCUGCAGGUAAUUGUACACCAAGCACUUUUUAAAAGGUGAAUAGGGACACCUCAGUGGCUCAGUCAGUUAAGCACCCAACUCUUGAUCCCGGCUCAGGUCAUGAUCUCACAGUUUGUAAGAUCCAUCCCCACAUGGAACUCUGCACUGAUAGCGCAGAGCGUGCUGGGGAUUGUCUCUCUCUCUCUCUCUCUCUCUCUCUCUCACUCUGCCUUGCUCAUGCUCUCUGUCUCAAAAUAAAUAAAUACACUUAAAAGGUGAAUUAAGUGUCCUUACUGGUAUUUUUAUAGAAAUGUGCACUUAUCUGAUAUAAACUGAGGAUUUUAAGAAAUAUACUAAUUUAGAGGCACCAGUGGCUCCGUCAGUUAUACGUCUGACUUCGACUCAGGUCAUGAUCUUCGACUCAGGUCAUGAUCUCACGGCUCCUGGGUUCAGGCCCCGCAUCGGGCUCUCUACUGACAGCUCAGAGCCUGGAGCCUGCUUUGGAUUCUGUGUUUCCCUUUCUCUCUGCCCCUCCUCCACUCACGCUGUGUCUCUCUCUUAAACAAACAUUAAAAAAAAGAAGAAAAGAAAUAUACUAAUUUAUUCAUUAAAUGCAGCCUACUCUGAAAAUAAAUUUGUACCUUUUCAUAAAUGCAUUGUAUGCUUUCUUAAAAAAUAAAGUGAAAGAGACCAGUAGUCUCCUUUGGUGCUCCAUUUUGAGCUUGGGGUUGACAUU